GGAGUACCUGUCACAGUACUGGUCUCACUGCACAGAGAAAGACCUUCACCGCCUGACUUUACCACCAGACUAUCGCCCAUCCCUGAGAUGGAUUACAAAUGCCAGUGCUCGGACUCUGCCAACGCCCGGCAAAACGCCAUCCUCUUCAACAUCCUCAGCCGGGCCGAGAACGGCGCUCCACCCAGGAACAACCUCAACUACUUACCCUCCAACAGGUGCCACUGCGAGAUGCGCCGGUCCGUGCGACUGAAGACGCCUGCCGCCACGUGCCAAGUGGCCUCCAGCAUCCUGGUGAAGACCAUCCACUUCAUGAAGAGUCUUCCCGCCUUCCAGCAGCUUCCUCCCAAAGACCAGUUGGUGUUGCUGCAGAGCUGCUGGACACCACUCUUCAUCCUGGGCCUGGCACAGGAGCGAGUCAGCUUUGAGGUGGAGGACGUGCCGGCGCCCAGCAUGUUGAAGAGGAUCCUUAUGAAUCGUCAGGAUGCAGAGGAACCAGAGCAGGAGGAGCCCACGCUUGCAGGGGUCCAGAAACUCAAAUCUUGCUUGAAGAAGUUCUGGAUUUUGGACCUGAGCCCAAAGGAGUACGCUUACCUCAAAGGCACCGUGAUAUUCAAUCCAGAUGUUCCUGGCUUGCGGGCGACACUUUUCAUCGAGGGGCUCCAGCAGGAGGCUCAACGCGCCCUUCAAGAAGUCCUGGUCCUCCUGCAUCCAGAAGAUCGUGGACGCUUUGCCAGUCUGCUCCUGGCUGGAUCUUUGCUGAAGACCAUAACUCCCGGCCUCGUCACCGAACUGUUUUUCCGGCCAAUCAUCAGUGAGGCUCACCUGCUGGACCUGCUGGUGGACAUGCUCUUUAGCAGGUAGCCAAUCGCCUGAAAAUGAAUGGACACCAUGGCUGAAGUUUAGAUGUUCCAAAGUGACUUUGGAAUAGGAGGACUUUCCCACUGUUUACACACCUUAAAGACUUUUUAUACAGUCUUAGUGACUUAAAAAAAUGUUUAUACUGGUUACAGAACAAUGUUUCUACAAUGUUUUUUAGGUAAAUGGACGAAUAACGAGAGCAAAGCUCUCUAAAACACCUUUGGAGUUCUUGGUGUUCACCUCCAACCUCAAAAGGAGGUGAUGGAUGUAGUCUCUGUGAGACUGUACCUAAUCAGCUUUGGUCUUCUUGAAUGUUCUAGACCAUCCUUUGUUUCUGAAUGUGUCAAAGUAAAAGCUCUUAUUUUUCUA